AUGCCACACAUCGGUAAAAUAGAACAAUUUGACGACUCGGUUGAAUCAUGGGAGUCAUACGAGGAGAGAUUACAGGCAUUUUUUCUCGCAAAUGACAUUGAUAAUAACCACAAAGUUCCUGCCUUGAUAAGUUUAAUUGGUCCAAAAACUUACACACUUUUGAAAAACUUAAUUGCCCCAGCUAAGGCUACAGACAAAGGCAUAAAGGACCUUUUGAAGGCACUACGUGAGCAUUUGAGCCCCAAACCCUCGGUGAUUGCCGAGCGGUUCCGAUUUCAUAAGCGCAAUCAACGCCCAGAUGAGUCGGUUUUGUCGUACGUAGCAGAGCUCCGUAAUCUGGCAACACAUUGUCAAUUUGAGGCAGCCCUGAGUGACACAUUACGUGACAGACUAGUGGUUGGUUUACGCCAAGAAACCAUACAAAAGAGGCUACUCUCAGAGAAAGACCUUGACCUGGAGAAAGCAAUCAACCUUGCUGUUGCUAUGGAAACGGCAGCUAGAGAUGCAGCUGAAGUACAGGGGGUAAAGAGUGAGACAGUUAACAAAAUCAGCACACGUCCUAAACCACGUCAAUUCAACAAGAAACCUACUGUGAGAAACACAAACGCUCAAUCUCAUGCACGACCAACAAUACAGAAACCUUCAUGCUAUCGUUGUGAUGGUGAUCAUCCAGCAUCACAGUGUCGACACACUAACACUGUUUGUUCUUUCUGUCGGAAGGUGGGACAUAUUGAGCGAGCCUGCAUGAAAAAGAAACGUGACAGAAACAAGGGACGUAACACUUCCCUAUUCUAUAAUGAGGAGGAAUUUCACUCUGAAGAACGCUACAAGGAGGGUGAUGGAGAACCACUUCUACACAUCACAAGCACUUUCCACAUGAAAUCACAUCAUGAACCACCAAUAACUGUGGAACCAAUUAUUGAAGGCAAAGUCAUCAAGAUGGAAGUCGAUACAGGAACAGCUGUUUCCGUGAUUUCCAAGAGUGACUACAGUGCAAACUUUAGCAAGGUAAACCUUGAACCAUCCAGUGAAUUACUGCGUGCAUAUUCAGGAGACAUGAUUCAACCUGUGGGCAAGAUGAAGGUGAAUGUUAAACUCAACUCACAAUCUGCUAACCUUGAAUUACUUGUUGUUCCACAUGAUGGACCAGCUUUACUAGGAAGAGACUGGCUUGGAAAGCUACAGCUCAACUGGCAGGAGAUAAAGACUUUACGGUCAAGUAAUUCAACAAAUCAGUCACCAUUGAAGGAUAUGCUUAACUCGCACAAGGAGUUGUUUUCACCUGGAGUCGGAACUCUUAAACACAUUAAGGGAACAGUUACAGUUGAUCCAGAAGCCAAACCUGUGUUUCUUAAAGCUAGGACCGUUCCUUACUCUCUGAGGACCAAGGUUGAGCAAGAACUUGAUCAAUUACAGGCAGAUGGAAUUAUUGAGCCUGUUGCACAUAGCAAAUGGGCUACCCCCAUAGUCCCAGCCAUUAAGAAGAAUGGUAACGUUAGACUGUGCGGCGAUUACAAAGUAACUGUCAAUCCUGUAAUGUGCGUCGACAAAUACCCUCUUCCCAAAAUUGAGGACAUUUUCGCAACCCUAGCUGGUGGAAAGAAUUUCUCAAAAUUGGACUUAACACAAGCAUAUCACCACAUGGAACUAGAUGAAGAUUCACAGGAUCUACUCGUCAUAAACACCCAUAAAGGCCUGUUUAAAUACAAGCGACUUCCGUACGGAAUUGCAUCCGCUCCAGCACUAUGGCAGCGUGCAAUCGAGCAAGUAUUACAGAAUAUACCAUCAACACAAGUGAUCAUUGAUGACAUCAUUGUUACUGGUCGCGAUGACGAGGAGCACUUACACAACUUAAAACUGGCUAAAGUGAGCUAUGUUGGACAUGAAAUUGAUGCUCGUGGCCUACACAAGUCACCUGACAAAAUUGAGGCUGUAAGAGAUGCCCAACGCCCUGAGAAUGUGUCACAGCUUAGAUCAUUUUUAGGUCUAGUGAACUAUUAUCACCGAUUUAUAGACAAUCUGACAAGUGUAGCAGGACCACUACAUGAACUUCUCAACAAAGGAACCAAGUGGGAAUGGAGUCCCAAGAGAGAUAAAGCCUUCCAAGAAAUCAAGGAGUUGAUUUGCUCUGACAAGGUUUUGUGCCAUUAUGAUGCCAAACUACCUUUGAAACUAGCUGCAGAUGCUUCACCGUAUGGGAUCGGAUCUGUACUUUCUCAUGUGUUCCCAGAUGGCUCCGAAAGACCUAUAGCAUUUGCGUCGCGCACAUUAAACCAAGCAGAGAAGGCUUAUUCACAAAUUGACAAAGAGGCCCUUGCUCUCUAUUGGGGUGUUAGAAAGUUCAAUUCAUACCUUUAUGGACAUAAAUUUACACUUGUCACAGACCACAAACCUCUUCUUAGCAUUUUCAAUCCAAAGAAGUCCCUUCCUGUGAUGACAGCAGUACGUCUUCAGCGCUAUGCUGUAUUCCUCUCAUGGGAAACACAACGUGACCCAGUUCUGAGUCAAGUUUUGGACUAUGUGGUCCGAGGACAUUUUCCUCAUGAUUGUGAUGAACAGUUAAAGCCGUACUACAAUCGCAGAGAAGAACUCAAUGUUUAUCAAGGAUGUGUUACAUGGGGAAAUCGUGUGAUCAUCCCAGACAUUCUGCGUGAGAAAGUAAUGACAGAGCUUCAUUCUGGCCACAUAGGUAUUGUCAAAAUGAAGGCAGUAGCCAGAUCAUAUGUAUGGUGGCCCAAAGUUGACGAAGCAAUUGAGGAAGUCUGCAAGGCUUGUUCUGGUUGUAAACGUGUGCAGAAUACGCCUUCUGCUGCACCUGUUCACCCAUGGAAUUUCCCGCCAAAGGGAAUACCUGCAGAAAUAGUGUCCGAUAAUGGACCUCAAUUUCGCUCAGAGGAAUUUCGUCAGUUUAUGGAGUCGAAUGCCAUCAGACACAUAACCUCUUCUCCAUUCCACCCGCGGACGAAUGGCCAAGCUGAGAGAAUCACACCACAAGGAACAACUAAUGAAUCACCGUCUAUUCUAAUGUAUGGCCGUAAUAUACGUACCCGAUUGGACAUUAUGAAACCGGAUUUAACCAGUACAGUACUGCAAAAACAAUAUGGCUCAAAGGCAAAACACUGUGGAAACGUGAUUCGAGAAUUUGCUGAUGGGGACUCAGUAAACACGCGUGAUUAUCGCACUAACUCGGACAAAUGGGCAAAUGGACGAAUCCAUUCACGCACUGGACCUUUAUCUUACAAGGUCGAUGUAAAUGGAUCUCUUUGGAGGAGGCAUAUUGACCAAAUAGUUCAUACAUCCAAAAAUCAAGCCGCAUAUCCAACUCCAGUGGAUAUUCUGUUUGUGCCAUCCGUGAAGGUCCCAUGUCCUACCGACAAAACCCAGGAAUGCGCGAAGGACGAAGAGACCAGUACACCAGUAACAGUGCCACGUCGAAAUCCGCCAAGAACUCGUAAUAAGCCGGACAGACUGAAUUUGGGAGCUUAUCCAUAA